AGUGGACGAAUCAACGAACACCAUUGGUGACGCGUUUUCAGCCAAUGGCGUGGCAGAUGGUCCUUGCUCUCGAGAAAAAAGACAAAGAAAAAUUUUAAAAAAGAAAUUCAAGCGAAAGAAUAUGUUUGAUCCAAAUUGCAAUGAAGACGGAUUUUAUGCAAAAAAGCAAUGCAAUUCUGGUCACUGUUGGUGUUCUGCCCGUGAUGGAAAUCUGAUUGCUGGCUCGAAGAAGAAAGGAGACGUUGAUUGUGGUAUGUGUAUGUUUGAACAUUUUAAGUAGGAAAUGCAGAGCAGUCGAUUGUACGACAGUGAGUCCUCUUUUCCACAACUGGUUUCUAGGGGGUCAUACUCCAAACAUUCCUUCCUCUCAAAAUGUUAAGAUUCUUGACGUUCUACAGUAGAAGCUGUACUUAUUUACUUUAGGAAUGUUUAAUUAAACUAGAUGUGUUUUAUAGAUGGAAAUUUCGAGUGUGAAUUUUGUUAAGCGAGUGUAGAUGCCCAUGUUUUAAACUAUAUAAUUUAUUGAGUUUGUACUUCCAUACAUAUAGUUUACAUAUUGGGUUUAUACUUAAUCUAUACAUAUACGACAAGAUUUAUCAUGGUGGUGACCGCCCUAGAACGGACACCUCUCUAUAUAAAACCGACAGCUCUCUAUCUAAAACGGACACCUCUCUAUCUAAAAUCCACACUUUCCUAAAACUGGCACUUUCCUAAAACGGACAUUUUCCUAAAACGGAGUCCGUAUUACAGAGUUCGAUUGUACCAAUGUUUUGUUUUUUCUAACAAAUCAGAUUCUUCAUCUGGUCCAACAAGACCUCUAAAAAAUCGCUGUUUUACUGAACGUCUUCAAGGACUAAAGUCAUCCAUGAAGACGAAGCAAUUUGUUCCACUGUGUUCUCGUGAUGGAACGUACGCACCAUUACAAUGUGAUACUGCACAAGGUUAUUGCUGGUGUGCAGAUAAGUGGGGGAAGGAGAUUAAGAAUACAAGAACUAGGAGGACGCCGAAAUGUCGUAAGUAAUUUUUAUAUAAUUAACCUUAGUUCAAACGAAACUCGACAAAAACCGAGGGCAACCAACUGUCUGCCCGGAGGCGAUACAUAUUUUAUUCAGAAGACGUCUGCGGGUUUCCUGGAGGCAGCCUGCGGCUCGCUCGAGCCAAACCUAUGUCACCCCCACAUAACCAUAGCUCACGUACGUGGGAAGCCGAAAAUUAAAAGUCCUUUUCCUGCGUAAAACGACCCAGGAAUCCGGUGAAAAUAAUCAAUUGCUAUAAUCAAUGGUAAUAGCCAAUAUAUCAAUUGCUAUAAUCUUUUCCAGUAACAAAUGCCUUUACAAGCCAAACGAAAACACCUUGCUAUGAGCUCAAGAAUUAUAUCAAACAAUUACCAACAAUUGGUACGAUACAUAUCCCAGUAUGUAAACGCACUGGCGUCUUUCGUCCGUUACAAUGCAGCAGAGAUAAGAGAUAUUGUUGGUGUGUGGAACAAGAUGGCAUGGAACUCAAGGGAACGGUGAUGUUUGGAAAACCAGAGUGUCGUAAGUUGCUCAAUGAUGUUAUAUUCCUGAACUGAAAACUGAGUUAGCAGCGUCAAAUCAUUAUAAGUCAGUGUUAUAAUGCACAGGGACAGUUCUCUCUCCCAACAGAGGUUUUUAAAAAAAUAAAAAUUUUGCUAGUACGCUAGAAAGUACACAGUGGAGAAGAGAAGGGGCACAAUGUGACUUUCUCUUACUGCAAUUAAUGCCACUGAUGUGCGCACAAUCUGAAUACGCGCGCUAGAUUAAAGUGCGACUCCCCAAAUAUUUUUGUUUGUGUAAUAUUUAGGUCAGUCUAAGAAGUAAUGUUAUAUUGCUUUAUAGCAAAAAUCCUUGCCUUAAUGAAUCUUUUCGCUGUUUAAGUUUUCGGAUAUGAUGUCAUUUGACGUGAUGAAAUUUGGACAAAAGAACGAAGAAAAACUAAUUUUAUUGCAAUUCAUGUUAUGAUAUGCCUCGUUCAUUAAACAACGCUAAUUUAUUGGGGGUCGUAUGUUUCUGUUCUGUUCUGUUCUGUUCUGUUCUGUUCUGUUCUGUUCUGUUCUGUUCUGUUCUGUCUAAUGGGAUUCCCGUUAAGGGUUGAGUAGUGUACCAUCUCUUAGUAACGAAAAAUAACGUUGUCUAUCUCAUAUCUUAUCAUCCGAUUUUUCUGUAGCGGAGAGAGUAAUGAACAUGACAUUCGUUAAAGUAACAAAUGGUCCUUGCAUACGACAUAAAGAGAAAAGAAAGAAGUUGUACAUUGUAUUGCGGCGUAAUUUAUUCAACCCACAAUGCAAUGAUCAAGGUUUUUACGAUAUCAAACAAUGUUAUGCAAACUAUUGCUGGUGUUCCGAUCAGAAUGGUAAGAUGAUGAGAGGGACAAGAACAAGAGGAGAUAUUGAUUGUGGUAAGUAAAAUAUUGAGUGUGAUAUUAACCUGUAGUAAUAUAUAUCAGCAUCAAUGUUGUACCAGGUGUAAAUAAUAGAGUUUUUAAUAAACCACCAAAGACUAUAUUUCUGUUUCAUUAUUGUUUAGCGAAAAUACCAAAUCCUCAUGGGAAAGCAUGUCUUGCCAACCGCCUUAAAGCAUUGAAAAUAUCUCUGAGAAAGAAGCCACAUGUUCCUCAAUGUGAACUUGAUGGAGAAUACGCGCCACUUCAAUGCAAUGUUUAUACUGGAAUGUGUUGGUGUGUAGAUAAACGUGGAAAAGAACUUGUUGGAUCAAGAACCAAGCGAACGCCAAAUUGCUGUAAGUAGAAGUGUGCUAUUGUGUCAAUCUUCUCAAAUUCAUUAAUAAUUCAUGAGCAAUUCAGCCAAUGAUGAUCACCUAUUUGAUCACAAGAUGCCAUUUGGAUAACCCGGUGAAACUUGAUGAAAGUCACUAGUGUUUUCAUCAAACAUCUUAAUUACGCAUGCAAAAUUACUUGAAUAGAAUUCCUAAUUACGUUACUCUUAGUUAAGAAUUCUAUUCAAAUCAACAAACGAAAACAUUCUGUUACGUCUCGAUUUAUUUGAGAAGUCAUCUGCCUCGUACCCAGGCGCUUUAAAUAAUUACAAUACAUGAAGUAUUCAGGUAGGCAGGCGACGCGCGAAGGGCUGCACUCUUCCCAUCAGCCCCUUCGCCAUCUCUCCCCACUAUAAUACUUCAUGUAAACUCGUCAUAUGCGCAUCACUGUUUUCUUACAAAGAGACGCCUGGGUACGAGGCAGAGAAGUCAUAUAAACAACGAGAGCGAGUGUCUCACCGGGAUAUCCAAAUACUCGAAAACAAUGUAUGAAAACACUCGCGCACACUCGCUCUCGUUGUUCAUAUAUUACUUGUAAAAUUCAUGAAUAAUUAAUAAGGCCACAAACAAAUCACGAUGCGGUAUUUAGGUCACAUGUGCACACUUGUAAACCGCAUUAAAGAUCAGAAAGUCGUGUAGAGGGAUAUUUAUGAAAGUUAACAAUACUAAUUGAGAAGCAUGGAUGUUUAUGAAAGUAAUAACAACACUAAUUUAAGUUUUAAUAGCAUGCUAAUGAAGCGUGAGAUUGUCCCCAUGGGCAGACAGAGAAUACUAGUAAGUAAAUACUAGUAAGUAAGUAAACAUAUAAAUUCAUUUUACAAGUACGUUAAAAUAUGAGCUGCUGAUCUUUAUGGGCAUUUAACAAUGAUUUGCGCUGCGCGCUCGCCAUUGUAAAUGUCCGUAAAGAUCAGCUGCUCAUAUUUUAACUAGUACUUAAAACGCUCAGGGGGAAUUCUUCAUGGGGUAUGAACCGUUACGCUCUGUUAGGUGAGCAGUAAAAUCUGGAGGCAAUCUCGUACCCAGAGUAUACCCGUUCGCCUAUUAGGUGAUUAGCCCACACCCUAACCUGCGAACGGGCAUACUGUAUGUACGAGUUUGACCUGGAGGUACCGUAUUAUAACCUACGGCUCUCCAUUUUGUUGUAGGCCUACAUAGAAGAUGUAGCGGGAAAUAUCAUUACUGCAGUUUCUACAACAGGCACUUUUUGCCGAGUAUAUUUUCCUGUGCCCCUUCACCUCCAAAUGUCAACUCCAAAUGUGCCCCCUCAAACUGCAACCUCGUACCCAGGGUUAGCCGCGAAUUGAAGGCGGCGGCAUGUCGCUGCCUUCAACUCACGACUGGCCCUGGGUACGAGGUUGCUCAAACUGUUCCUAAUUUGUGUAUUUUUAAUUUGAUAUGCUUCAUAUAUUUUAAUUUGAUCCUUAAUAUAGUUGCUAGUGCACUUAACACAAUUGAAGACGGACCAUGUCAUAUUCUGAAAUCGUAUAUUUCAAAAUUACCACCCAACAACAAAGUUAAUGAUCCACUCUGUGAGGGGAGUGGUUUCUUCCAGCCUGCACAAUGUAGCAAAACUAACUCGUUUUGCUGGUGCGUGAUGCACGAUGGGAAAGAAGUACAGGGAUCUAUCACGAAGGGAAAACCAGAAUGUCGUAAGUAAUACAGAAACUCAAAAUUCAUUUGUAGUAUUAUGCGCAAAUGCAGGUAAUUCAUCGUUAUUGGCAGAUAAGGAUCGAUCCAAUCUGAUCUGGGAUCGAUCCAAUCUGAUAUGCGCAAAUGGAUUCUUAGAAGUAAAAAAUGCAAUCUUUGCCAAAAACAAUGGGACGGGUGCUGUAGGCUAAUUUCAUAUAAUUUGAAAGGCGUAGCGCCCCCCCGUUUCCCGAGACACCAACAUUGAAACGGGUGCAUGGGGGGGGGGGGGGAAGGAUGGGAAAAUGUAUCACGAAAUGGUAUAUUACAACCAAAUGCACGUGAAAACACGAUUGUCCCAAUCUAUAUUGUUAAAAAUUGUAGUGUUCUUUAAUUUAUUUAAGUAUAUUGUUUUCCAGGUUUUCAUUUCUAAAAUCUGCUAAAAUGUGUAGAAUACGGAAAAUAUACUGUCAUGUACAAAACAUUCAAGUUGCAACUUGAAUGUUUCAACUCUUUACUACCUUUAUUUAAGAUGAAAAGCGAUUUCCAGCAGUGCCUCGUCUCCAUGGUCCAUGUGAUGAACAUUUGGCACACGUAAGCAACAUGGUAACUGGUGAACGUCAGGAUGUCUACAUACCAGUAUGUGAUAAUGAAGGUUAUUAUGCUCCCCUUCAAUGUAAUAAUGAUACAACGUGGUGUUGGUGUACUAAUAGAUAUGGAUCAAUGGUUAAAGGAACACGUAUGCAAGGAAAAUUGCCCAUCUGUGGUAAGUCAAACAAGCACAUGUAGCUCUUCUGUAUAUUUCCGGCUGGUUCAUCAAAAUUUUGUUUUGUUUGAAAUUUAAAAUUUAUUUAUUCGAAAGUCGAAAUUUAAUACCUAGAUUUAAAAGAUAGAACUUCUUUUAAGAAGAUUAAAAUCUUCUAUAGCCCGCUCAUCCAAGAUUGCUUGGCCAGGAAUUGGCUGUUCUCCCCCUUGUCAUAUCCCCUGUUAUUCCUUGAUGUUAGAGAUUUUCUUUUACCGUCCAUCACCCAUCAAUAUCUCUCUAUCGCUAUCCUCAGUCCUUUGUUCCUCUUUAUAUCCAGAUUCAUAACUUUAGGCUCUCUUCGUCAUAUCACGCGCCAAUGCCAUUUUAUCUUUGCUUCUCGUACCUUCCUGGGGCCGGUUAUUCAGAGGUGGGUUAGCAUAACCCUAGGUUAAAAUUUAACCUGCUCUUUUUGUUUAUGUAUUUCUGCGCGUCUGUUUAUUUCAAAACGUCAGAGAAGUAAACUCCUAAUAGGAGUCUCCUAUCGAUCCAGACAAGAUCUCUGAAGAAAUAAUUCCAAAUGUAUAGUGAGCUGUCAGGAAGUUUGCUCUGAAUUUUAGCUUAACCUGGGUUUAAGCUAACCCAGCUUUGAACAACCGGCCCCUGCUAUAUAAUAUCAUUAUGUUUGCCACCCAACAUGCUCUUCUUCAUGAUCUCUUCAUUCUUGAUCUAUCUUGUUCUUCAGCGAAAUCCCUAUCAACAUUUAAAACAAAAAAAUCUUGUUAUAGAUGAUUUCUGACGCAAGUUAUCUUCGCUCUAUGUUUAGUUAAUUUAACUGCUUUUCACGAGUAUGUCCAUCCCAUCUUUACGGCCGGCACCUUACCAAUUGUACCAUCUUCACAACUACGUCUGUUUGACUGUAGUAGAACACUUGAUUGAGCUAAUGGUAAUUUCGUAGGAAUGGUAAUCCUUUUACUACAUCUUGCUUGGUUUUAAUAUAAAGCAACAAUUCUUAUAAACUUUAUUAAUGUUUUUUUUUAUGUUUGAAUGUAGAUGAAAAAACGUUGAAACCCUGUGUUGCUUUCAAAAAGAGAAAAAAUGAAGUCAGUAAAUCAGAUGUGAAUGAUGUAUAUGAUGCAGUAUGCACAGAGAAUGGUUUCUUUGCGCCAUUGCAGUGCAAUGUGGACAGUGGUAACUGUUGGUGUGUGGACGGCGUGGGAAGUGUCGUGGCUGGAACAACUAUUUAUCAAAGACCUUAUUGUGGUGAGUAUGUUAAAUAAUUAUGUUUAUUGAAAGGAUACUGAGGACAUGAAUACGUCCUAUCAGAUGCACCCUUGCUGUCCAGGUACAAAAGAACCCGAAAAAUAUUGGGUUCGAGUAGGUCAAGUCGUUUCGAGUGUAUGAUAUCGAAGGAACUAGACUGAGUUCUGAAAUAUCAUACACUCGCGAGCAUUGGACUAGAAAGGUCGCGUGUUCGAUUCCCUCUGCGGUCAAAAUUUUCAGUUUGUCCCGUGUGGACACACGUGGGGUAUCACCCUAAAUAUAACUUUACCUGAGUACAUAAACCACGAUCAUUACAUUCAUUGGAAAUUUCUGUAAAUAUUAAACGGUUUGGGUUAGCAAUCUCUACAGGCAACGCUGUGUGGAAUUGUUAGCAUAAACAUUCUGUGAUUUGUGGAAGAGGCUAGAUUUUUGUUUGGUUGUCACAAUUAAGCUUUAGGAACAUGGUCAUUGUAAGAGUUUUUUGGAAGUCGCCCUGCACAGACAAACAACGGAAGCCGCCCUGCAAAAAACACUACAAACUGAAAGAGGGUCAUGUGACAUGAUAUUAAUGACAUUCCAGGUAAACAGCAACGAAAGUGCGAGAUUGAAAGGAGGAAAAUUCUGUCGGAAGAUAAACCAAGCCAGGCUCCACCAUCAUGUGAUGUUCAUGGUUACUAUUCUCGUAUGCAGUGUGAUCAUAUAACCCAGGAGUGUUGGUGUACAGAUAGAUAUGGCAAUGAAACUGUGGGAACAAGAAUCAAUGGAAUACCAAAUUGCGGUAAUAUAUUCUUAAACAAUUUUUUGGACAAAUUUAUUGAGUUAUCUUGUAUACAACUAAUUUACAAACAAAUGUCAACAGACAUAUAUAGACAGUAAAACGUACAAGAGAACUCAAAGGGGAAUGCACGAACGGGACUCGAGGUCCUGUACUAUGCAAGGUUCUCCCCCCCCCCCCGAAAAUACUGGAGAUACUAAACAUAAUUGCGGUUUGUGACAUGAUGGGCAAUCCUAAUUCUAAUAACCACGUACAUGUCAGGUCUACAUCAUAUUUGCAUAGUUUAUCAGUUUGCCUACCUGAAGUGAAGGUGACCUGUUGUACAUAUUUUGAAUUAUAUGCCCCAUGUAUAUAUUCGUGGUUCCAUGUAACUCAAUAUAUUGCAUCUACCCUGUCAAACUCAUAACUCAUAUAUCAUGAUCUUCUUAAUUUUAUCACUCCAUCUUAUCCUUUGAAAUUUCCCCUCUAACAGGUUCCUCGCAUGAAUUACAACAUUACAAUUUAUUAAAUUAUCUAAAUUUUAAGCAAGAACAGUUGAGAUAAAUACAUUAAAAAUAUAUACAGUGAAAAAUAGUCUAAAAUGGUUAAAAUACGGUAACAAUAAAGUUAACGAUAUAGUCUGCACAUGUCAAGAGUAAAAGAUUAGUAAAAUCUAUCAGUAUAACUGCUCUAAAAGUCUUUUAGACCUAAGAUUAUAAGAUUCUUCAAAUCUUGCAGGCAACAGAUGGAGAAGCUAUCCAUCGUCAUUGAUGAUGUUAUUAAAAUAUUUAUAACACAUUUCUUCACGACUUUGAAAAAGAUAGGCAGUUUAAUUAAAGUGAUCCAAUAUUUAUUCAGCAGAACUGACCAGGGAAAACACUCGCUCGUUUCUGCUCGCGUUCUAGAUCAAAUUGAAAUCAUGCCUAAUGGACAUACAAUAGAAAUUUAAAAUGUCUUUAGCUGAUAUCUUAGCUUUAACAACACGAUAAAAUAAAGACGCUUACUGGCUUUCUUUACAAUGUUGUCAAUGUUCCAAUGAAGGUUGCUGGAGAUGGUUGGGGAAAAAAGUUGGGGGGGAAAUGUUAGCAUACGGAAACGUUUUGGUCGGCCAAUAUACAGCAAGGUCGGGCAAAUUUUUGUCCGCCCCCUAAUCCCCGCCCCCCCUAAUCCCCUACGCCUAUACUUGUUUUUCCAAGAGAUGAUGCUUUCGUAUACUAGAUAGUGGAGAAGAAAUAGAAGUAUAUACUGUAUGAUUUCCAAUUUUGUUUACAAAAUAACUCAGACUUCUUUUGUAGAAAAUGAAUGUCGAAUUAUGUAAUAUUAUAUAUUCAAUCGGUUUUCGAUUAUUAUUAUUAUUGAUUUAUUAUUUUAUCACUAAUGCACUCUCCAUAAGUAUUACAGUCUAUAGUGGUCAUAUAUAGAGAUCACAUCCUUGCAUAUUACUAGUAAUGUUAUCAAGAAUUUCCAAUUUAUCUUUCAGGUCAAUUGCCAAGACCAUGUGAUGAACAUGUAUCAUCAAUAUUGAACUACGACAAUCUAUUUGGCGUCCUUAUUCCACAGUGCGACUCCCAAGGGUAUUAUAAUAACAUUCAAUGUCAUGAGAAAACUAAAGUUUGUUGGUGCUCAAACAAACUCGGAGUUAAAAUACCAGGGACGAAAACAAGUGGACAACCAAUGUGCGUUUUUUGAAUUCAAAAUUAAAUUGUAGACUUGUAGCCUGUUGAUGUAUACUAAUCAGUCUGAUGACAUUUGGUACGCUAUUUACUGUCAACACUAAAAAGACAACGCAUUUUGAAUGCUCUACGCAAAACUAUUAGAUGUUUUUUGCUAUGAGUAAAACACAAAAUUUCUCGAUAGAUUAUUGAGUAUUGUGAAAAUAUAGGAGCUGACCAAAGUGUACUGCGCAGCUCAUCAUUGUACAUUUGAUAUAACAACGUAAGAUUUCAAAUCACAUUUUAAAUACAUAUAUUAUAUGACUAUUGGACAUUUGAAUACUUAUUGUCAAAAAGGGUUUAUUUUAGAACUGCA